AUGCAAGAAGUGUACCAGACACUGUACCAGGUGGGGGUGUUGGUCUCGCGAUCCUCGCUCUGCUGUGUGAAGUUCAGGAGAAUCUGGGCUCUCUCUCUGCUUCAGUGUGUGAACGCGGUGUUGCUGUUAUUGUCGGUGUACUACCAGUUCCUGCCCAGUGCAUGGCUGGUGUUUGUGAUAGUCCUCUACGAGGGGUUGCUGGGAGGAGCUGCAUACGUCAACACAUUCUACUUCAUCAGCAAGGAGACUGGAGACAGACAGAGGGAGUUUGCCAUGGUGGCAGCCAGUGUAGGAGACAGUCUGGGCAUCGCCAUCUCCGGCCUCAUAGCUUUCCCAGUCCACAGAUAAUUCUGCUCACUAUGAGAGAUAGUAGAGGGAGAAAGACUGGUGGGAAGUGCAAAAGAGGUAGUAUCAUGUUUUGAAGUGCUUGAUAUUUCCUUGAAAUAUCUGAAGAAGAGACUCUCUGCAGCUGGGGUGGAUGGAAAUUGCUGAUAAUUAUUGUUAUGCUUAAAUUAGAGGUCUGUUCAGACAUCUUCCUGCACCUUAGCAACCUUGCUGGGUGUGUGGUAGAUUCCUCCAUUUACUUAGAAAUCACAUUGUUACGACUGGUACAAGUUUCAUAUCACUUCGAAAGAUAACGGUCACUAGCCAACUGUAACUUUAAUAUUUCUGACAUCACCAAGGACAUUUGUCAAUGUGCCUUUGAUAAUUAUCAGGAUUGUAUGUUUUAAUAUAUUUAUAUUUUCACUACAUUCCAAUGUCUAGUAUCCUGCUAAUAUUUGUUUUAAAUGUAACCACUAACUUUUUCUUUGCUGCUAUUGUUGAGUUACUGUUAUAAAAUUGUGAAUGCUCUAACUUAGCUCUACAGUGUUUACAUGUGGUGGGCUUGUAUGAUCAAUGUUCAACUUUUGAAAAAUGACCUGAGAUUCUACAAGUGAUU